GUGUGUCGUAGUGGCUGCUGAAGCUGCUGAAGCUGGGGGAUCUUGUUGAUAGAGACAGAAAGAGAAGACAAGAACCCAGAUCAUUAAUCUGAUCAGGAGGCAAGGACCUAGAUGCAUUAUUGCCGGCAAUCAACUAUGUAGGAUAUUGGCCAGGUUUUGUCCCAUGCAUUUGGGGACAUUCGACGGCCUUGGUGAUUGAAAAUCGAAUUGAUCCAGUUUGGCGACCAGCUGCACUGAUUCUCAUUCAGUUGUACCACCACCAGAGCACAGACUUUCUGCGGAUUAUUUUGCAAGGCCCAGCCAUUUCAUGGGUAGACACUGUGUUGCCACCAGAGUUUCCGCACACACCAUCUAGAUGCAUGAUGUGCCACAUACACACAUACACCGCACCGGCCAUGGAAAAGAUUGCAGUGGCAUCGCCUGAAGGUGGUAGCCUUCCACCAUGCCGCCCAAUCGUAAGCCAGAGCCACUGCUGAAGAGAAACCUGACGCUAGGUUUAAGCAAGAGCUUCCCCAGUGCCACGCUGUCCCGCGCCCUCGGACGGGUCAAGAUGGACUUGAACAGUAGCUGCUUCGCUGAGAUCAGAAUGGAUAAAGGUGCAAUGGACGACGAUGAACUGAGGCCGCUGAGCUGGCUUCACAGUACUGACUUACUCAAAGACAUGAAUCUGGACGAUGAGGAGGACGGACACGCUAAGGAAAACAAUGCCAACCAAGACGGCAUGAUGAACAAGUUCAGUAACCUCUCCGCGGGGGAUCGGGACGGACCCGUCGACCCUAAAAGACACAUCAACAGUAAGCCUCCGUUCUCGUUCAGUUGUUUAAUCUUCAUGGCCAUUGAGGACUCGCCGUUAAAACGUCUUCCAGUAAAGGACAUUUACCAGUGGAUACAGGACCACUUUCCGUAUUUCCACAAUGCGCCAACGGGUUGGAAGAACUCUGUACGACACAACCUCUCCCUCAACAAAUGCUUCCGUAAAGUGGACAAAAUCAAGGGACAAAUUAGCUUGUCGAUAGGCAAAGGUUCAUUAUGGUGCGUAGAUCCUGAAUAUCGGCCCAACCUACUACAGGCGCUAAGAAAGACACCAUACCACCCUUAUCAUCAUGUGCUGCCCUACAACUCACACCCCUACCAGUAUCACCAAGGCCCUCUCUGCAACAUCUCAAGCAAUCCAAACCGACUUCCUUCAAUGCAUUUUGGCUAUGGGAACGGAGUACCUUUACCUGGUCAUCUAGCUCUGGUUGAGCGGCUACUGAAUGGGCCUCUCCACUACUCGCCGGCACCGCAUAAUGGACUUGACACUGAACGAGAGGUGGAUGCAGCAGCCACCAUGAUGAUGUUCCGCACUCCGCCGGAACAAAGAGUGGAAGAACAUGCUCGUUUGAAGUCCUUCUCCCCUCCAGGCCCUCUUAAUGGCUGUGUACCCAAUGGUGGUAUCGCCCCUCUCCAGGCUAAACCCCGCCAGCCUACUCAUAUCAGGCCGACACUGUCUGAUCUAGCGGAGACCGCUCUCAAUGAUCAGAGUCUGCCAAGACCCAGGAUGGCCUCAACACCAUUCAACAAGGCAUCCCUUGUGACAAAGUGCACACCAGCGCCCUCUAUGUCAGACGACCACACCUACAGCCUAAGCGCGAUCCUCAAAGCGCAACGAGACAGCGCCCGUCAGACCGUCAUCGACGACGACGAUCCCUUGGAGUGCGACAUGAGCGACGAAGACUUCGAGGACUACGUGGAUUCCGAGUCCGACAUGGAACAGGACGAGGAGUCGCGCCGUCUCGGUGACAGCGGAUACAUCCACGACGUCAGGUUUGACCGGAUGGACGAUGACGUCAAAGAGGCGGACUCAAAACACCUGCAGUUGCCCAUCAAGAAACGGCCGCCCCGCUCCGCCAUGGACACCGACCUAGCGGAAGGGGCAGACGCGCUCCUUAACCUUGCUGGGAUCAAGACCAGUAAGAUUCCCUUAAGGUCUAUCAGUCCUCAGUCUGACGCUAACACCACGUGAUGGAGUUAGGAUGCCUAGGCAGGCAUGUAUGCUUGGUUUUUUGAAAGGGCAAGGGCAUCAAGGCAUUUUCUCCUUGGUAAAGGGCACCCUAAUGAGGAAAUUGUACCUUU